AUGCCGCUCUCGCUAUCUGUCCCCAGCUUCCGAUCUAACACCACAUCGCCCCCACUUCGAUCCCGCGAUGCCAGCGCCAGCGGCACCGGCAGCACCAGCAGCUACUCCGCGACCCUCAGCGAAGCCCUCCGCAACAAUCCCUUCGGUUUAGCGACACAGUCCCGCUCACGGACCCCGCUCGCCUCCACGAGCGAAGAGCAGAAACGCGAGCAGGAGGAGCUCAACGCCGCACUCGAGGCGCUCGUCCUCAUCUUCCCCGACGUCAAGAUCGAGGUCUUCCGCGAGCUCCUCGUGCGGUUUGACGGGAACAGUCGGCUACACGUCUGCGUUGAGCAGAUCCUCCGGCAUAAAGAGAAAUGGGUCGCCGGACGAUGGAACGUCCCCUCCAGCGGGGGCGAGGAUACCUCCGAGAAUGUUUCUAGUUCUAGUCCGGGCCAGCUGGUCCCGCGGGACGAGCGGUUUCGGACGGCGAACUACAAGGCGGCUGUGAAGACGAUCCUGGCAAAAGAGUUUAGCGGGCUGAGCCGCAGUACCGUCGAUGCGGUGCUGGCGGAGGUCAACUUUUGCUACGUGCGGGCGCGCCCGAUACUCCAGGAUCUCGCGCGCAAGACGUGGCGGGCGACGUUCAACAGUAUCCUUCCGUCAUUUCGUCGGAAGCGCGAUAAGGAUGAUUCGCAUCCGCUUAUGCUGUGGCAGCGGCAGGCGGACGGCGAGGUUGUGCCGCGGUUAAAGGGGACCGGGUGCGAGGAGCUGGAUGCGGAGCUGUAUGAGAUCCUGGUUGCGCCGUUGCUGCGUGCGCGGCUGGAGGAGCGGGAGAAGGAGGAUCUGAGGCUGGCGGAGGAGUUGAAUGAGAAGGACGCGGAGGCGGAGGGGGCGAUGUACGAGUGCGAGUGCUGUUUUUCGGACGUCACGUUUGAGCAGAUUUCGACGUGCUCGGAGAAUAUGCAUGUCAUCUGUUUCAACUGUAUCCGGCAUACGGUUCACCAGGCGCUCUUUGGUCAAGGUUGGAGCACAUCGGUUGAUGUUGGCAGGUCUACGCUCAAGUGUCUGGCACCGUCUACGCAUGAGCGCUGUGAAGGGAUUCUCAGUGCCUCGAUAGUCAAGCGGGCUAUCCUUUUCGACAAGGCUGGGGUUGAAACGUACGCAAAGUUCGAAAACAGACUUGCCUCUGAUGCGCUGCUUCGCUCUCAAUUCAAGCUCAUCCGCUGCCCGUUUUGCUCCUACGCCGAAGUCGACCCCAUCUAUCAUCCCCCGCCAAACGGCAUCAACUGGCGGUUUCGCCGAGACGGCCUAAUUUCUACGAUUCUCACGAUCAUCAUCCUUCUAGACACGGUCCCAUUCCUCAUUAUAAUCAUGACAGUCCUCUACUUUUUCAACCCCAGCGCUCUAUCCACGAUUCUCAACAACGCCGUUACGAACCUCUGCCUCAAGCUGCGCAUGAAGAAAUUCACCUGCGCAAACACCACAUGCCAGCGAACCAGCUGCAUCACCUGCCAAAAGCCCUGGCGCGACCCACACGUCUGCCACGAACCCUUACUCCUCGACCUCCGCGCCACCGUCGAAGCCGCCCGCACAGCAGCAGUCAAACGCACAUGCCCACGCUGCGGCCUCUCCUUUGUCAAAUCCUCCGGGUGCAACAAGCUCACCUGCACCUGCGGCUACUCCAUGUGCUACCUCUGCCGGAAAGCGCUGGGCCCGCCGCUGAAAUCCGGCGGGAACCGGCGCCGCCCCCGCCGGCAGGAAAACAUCGACCCAAUCGGCCGCGCACUCGCCCUCGGCUUGCCCGCCGCCGACGCCGUCGGAGACAAUGAAGACCCCAUCCAAGACGACGCAGACGAAGCAGCCGAAGACGAAGAAGAAGCCAACGAGGGCUACCGGCACUUCUGCGAACACUUCCGCGUAACGCCCGGCGCGCGCUGCACAGCCUGUAACAAAUGCGAGCUGUACCAAGACGAAGACGAGGAAGCCGUUGCGCGGCGCGCGGGCGAAAAAGCCGAGUACGAGUGGCGCAUCCGGCACCAGAUGGCGGCAGCAAACAACAAUUCCAGCCAGAAUUCCACAUCUGCAACAAAUCCCAAUCCCAAUCCCGCUCUGACUCUCGGUCUCGCCUCGAUGAAUGUCAACCACGACCUCUCGGUGAAUACAUCGCGCGGCAGGAAACAGCCCGGUGGGCUUAUCUUGGGUCUCACGGGGAAGACCAUGAUGUAUUGGCUUGAUGAGGUGUGGCAGGGCGGGCAGUGGAGGGUUGAGGGGCAGGCGCUGGUUGAUUGGGUUGUUGAGAGGGUUAUUGUUAUUCAGGAGAUUUGA